GGUGGACCGAUCAGGGGCCAAGGCCCACCUGGAGAGGGACCAGCUACUGCUUACGAGGCCUCUUCUGUUCAAGCCCUGCCCACUCAGAAGCCUCAGGGGACCCCUUUCUCCUGGACCUUGGAGCUAUGAACUUCUGGAGGUGACCCAGGAAAGAAAGGAUGCAGUCUUUUGGUCCUCUCCAUGAGGGUCCCCUCCGAGGACUUGUGGACUCCCGCAUUGGGAUUUAUGAGGGCCAGCUUCGGGCCUCUGCCCAGAGUACUGCUGGCAGUCUCCAUACCCCAAGAGGCCCCAUGCUGGAUCCCAACCACCUACACCUCCAGGACCAAGUCCCCUUUGCCAAGGGUUCUGGCCAGGCCCGAGGUCUGUCUCCCAAGAGGUUUCGAGAACCAGAGCCUGAGAAGAGGCAUGGAAGCCAUUUUGGGGCUGGCCCACCUCACUCCCCCAAACUCAAGGAAGUCCCCAAGGCCCGUGAGCUGGAGAGGAGGCUGUAUACAUUCAGCAUGUUUGGGAUGCCCCGCCUGCCCCCGGAGGACCGCCAGCACUGGGAGAUAGGAAAGGGCGGUGACAGCGACCUGACCAUUGAGACGUCCUGGAAGGAGCUGGUGCCUGGGCACAAGGAGAUGAGCCGGGAGCUUUGCCACCAACAGGAAGCACUCUGGGAGCUGCUGACCACAGAACUGACCUACAUACAAAAGCUCAAGAUCAUGACCGAUCUUCUAGCUGCCGGUUUGCUGAACUUGCAGCGAGUAGGACUGCUGACUGAUGUGUCAGCUGAGACCCUGUUUGGAAAUGUCCCCAGCCUGAUUCGAGCCCACCAGAGGUUUUGGGAAGAGGUGCUGGGGCCUACCCUGGGGAAGACUCGAGCCUCAGGCCAGCCCCUGGACCCUGUCAGCCUGCAAGAUGGCUUCCUGGCGUUCAGCCAGCGGUUCCAGCCCUAUGUCCAGUACUGCCUGAGAGCGAAGCAGACCAUGGCUUAUGCCCGGGAGCAGCAAGACAAUAACCCUCUCUUCCGUACCUUCGUGCAGUGGUGUGAGAAGCACAAGCGCUCAAGGAGCCAGAUGCUGGGCGACUUGCUCAUCAAGCCCCACCAGCGCAUCACCAAGUACCCGCUGCUGCUACAGGCUGUGCUCAAGAAGACCCCUGAGGCACAAGCCCGACAGGCCCUGAACGCCAUGAUUACAGCUGUGGAGUCAUUCCUGCAACACAUCAAUAAGCAGGUGCGCCAGGGCGAAGAGCAGGAGAGCUUGGUGGCUGCGACCCAGCGCAUUGGGUCCUAUGAGGUUCUAGAGCCAUCCAGCGAGGAGAUGGAGAAGAACCUGCGUCCUUUCUCCAACCUGGACCUGAUGUCCCCCAUGCUGGGGGUUGCUCCUGAGCACACCAGGCAGCUGCUGCUGGAGGGGCCCGCGAGAGUGAAGGAAGGGCGAGAAGGGAAGCUGGACGUGUACCUGUUCCUCUUCUCUGACGUGCUCCUGGUGACCAAGCCCCAGCGCAAGGCGGACAAAGCCAAGGUUAUCCGCCCCCCCUUCAUGCUGGAGAAGCUUGUGUGCCGACCACUUCGAGACCCCAACAGCUUCUUGGCAAUCCACCUCACUGACUUCCAGUGCGUCUCCAGUGCCCUCAUUGUGCACUGUCCCAGUGCCACAGACCGUGCCCGGUGGCUGGACAAGACCCAGCAGGCCCAGGUCACCCUGCAAAAGCUGAAGGCAGAGGAAUAUGUCCAACAGAAGAGGGAGCUCCUGGCCCUCUACAGGGACCGAGACCAGGAGUCUGUGGGCACCAGGCCCUCCACGCCUUCCCCAGAGGGCUCUCAGAGCAGCGUGGAGGGGAGGACUUCUGAGUUCUGCAGUGUCAUCCCCCAUCUGGUGGUGACAGAAGACGCGGAUGAAGACACUCCCUCGGUACCAGAUGACACCUCCGACUCUGGCUACAGCACUCUGGUCCCGGUCUCCCCCAAGGGGUCCCACUCCUCACUGAGCCGGCUGCGCCCGUGGGCCCUUCGGCGACGCCCCUUCCUCACCUUCUCUGCCCUGGACCUUCGGGAUGUUACUUUGCGCCCCCAGCCUCCUGACCCCCAAGCUCCCCAACGCCGAAGCACCCCUGUACUACCAGGGGAAGCUAUCCGAAGAGGAGACAGUCUUCCCAGGGGAGAACCACCAGCCUGGUCUGAGGAAGAAGACGGGACCUCGGUGGGAGGAAACACAGUAGCGGAGACCUUGCAUAGGGCCCGACUUCGGGGGCAGCUCCCACACACCCCAACCCACACUGACUCUGCUGGGGAAAGCCCCUGGGCAUCUUCAGAGGACGAGGAAGAAGAGGGGCCCCUCUUCCAAGGACCCCGCCGUUCCCCCUCCCCUCACCCCCUCAGCGCCGAGGACAUGCUCAGAGAGAUCCGGGCGGAACUGGCCAGCCAAAGGAUCGAGGGCAUCCCGGAGCCUGGGCACAGCAAGCCUCCGAAGCUGACUCGGGUGCAGUUGCAGAGGAUGCGUGGGCCCCCCGUCAUCCGGCUAGACACGCCCCUGUCCUCAUCGUGA